GAGAGAGCAUUGGUGCCGCAGCGGGACCGACUGUCACACGGACUGUCAGCGGGGUUGUUACCGGAGAGAGCAGCCGCUACUUGCCGUGUAUCGAUAGCCACACCGGGAGAGGACAGAGGAGCAACCACAAAGACGAAGAAGAAGAGCAGAAGAGAAGAAGAAGAAGUAGAAGAAGAAAAAAACAGGGGGAAUCGUUAUAUCUGCUGCUGUCGCCUGCGUGUCAUCACCUAGACCGGACAGGAUCUAUCACCAUCACCACUCCUCUUCAUCAUCAUCACCACCCUCACCCUCACCCUCUAGACCUGUCCUCCUCUCCCUCUUCUCCCUCAUGAACAUGCCGGGCUGGCGGAGGAACCUCACUUUCUGUCUGCAGCGGAUGCACGAGGAAGAUGACGGACCAUAUGGAAAAACUAAGGAUAUCUCUGGACCAGAACAGACCAUGGCCUCGAGAAGACACAGUAUACCAGCUCUGCGGGGGGUGACCAUGGUGGAGCUGGUGAAGAAAGAAGGCAGCACACUGGGCCUCACCAUCUCAGGAGGAACCGACAAGGAUGGGAAGCCGCGGGUAUCGAACCUACGGCCUGGAGGACUGGCGGCCAGGUGGGUGCAACACCAGUAA